AAUACUCAACAAAGAAGAGAGACAACAAUGGCGCUCAAGAACUUACUUGCCCUUGUGGUUCUUCUUGGCGUUGUUGGAGUUUCCUUUGGCGGUGAUCUAUACGAAGGCUACUACCGCUACAACAACUGUCCACAAAUGGAAGACAUUGUCCGCGAUGUCACAUAUCACUAUAUCUAUAAGGACCCAACUCUUGCUGCUGCGCUUCUGAGGAUGCAUUUUCACGACUGUUUUGUCAGAGGAUGUGAUGGUUCUGUUCUUAUUAAAUCACCAAACAAUGAUGCGGAAAGAGAUGCUGUCCCCAACUUGUCACUGAGAGGCUACGAAGUGGUCGACACUGUCAAGUCAGUGCUUGAGAGCGUGAGCGAGUGUCGUGGUGUUGUUUCUUGCGCUGAUAUUCUUGCCUUGGUCGCUAGAGACGCUGUUUUAGCGAUAAAUGGACCGUGGUGGUCUGUUCCAUUGGGGCGGAAGGACGGGCGCGUCUCGAAUAUUUCCGAGGUUAAUUUACCAUCUCCUUUUGCCAACGUAACGACACUGAAGAAGAACUUCGCCGACAAGGGUCUUAACAGUAAAGACCUCGUCGUCCUCUCAGGGGCUCACACCAUUGGUGUAUCGUCUUGCGGUCUCAUCAGCAGUCGUAUCUAUAACUUCACGGGCAAAGGCGAUUCUGACCCAGCGAUGGACAAAAACUACGUUGAGGAACUGAAGAAAAGGUGCCCGCCAACAGAUGUUACGACCAGCGUGGAUAUGGACCCAACGAGUGCCCAUAAAUUUGACUCUCACUACUUUAACACUGUGUAUCAGAAGAAGGGUUUGUUCAUAUCUGAUUCAACACUUCUGAAUGACAUUGACACCAACUUCUACAUUCAGAUGCAGGCUGUGUUAAAUCUGAAUACCUUCAACAGCGAUUUCUCCAAGUCAAUGGUUAAACUCGGUUACGUCGAGAUUCUUACCGGGGAUCAGGGUGAGAUCAGAAACUUCUGCGAUCGCGUUAACUAAUUAUUGGAUGGUUUUCGGUGUUCCUCGGAUGAUUGAAACCCUAAAAUGUUUUCUGCUUAUUAUUAUCUUCUUCUUCUUUUUUUGUCUUCAUCAAGUCUUUUUUCGACGGAAGUUCUUUGUGUUGGAAUCAAUGUUCAGAGAUUUUCUGAUCAUUGAUGUUCUAAAACGCUAUCUGCUUGCUUUGUUCUUUAUUUCUUUCAUCAAGUCGUUUUUCCAA